ACAGAUGCUCCAACCACAACAACAGCGGUUCCAACCACAACAGCUCCAACCACAACAACAGCUACUCCAACCACAACAACAGCGGCUCCUACCACAACCACAACAGCUCCAACCACAACAACAUCUGCUCCAACCACAACAACAGCUGCUCCAACCACAACCACAGCAGCUCCAACCACAACCACAGAUGCUCCAAACACAACAACAGCUGCUCCAACCACAACCACAGCAGCUCCAACCACAACCACAGAUGCUCCAAACACAACAACAGCUGCUCCAACCACAACAACAGGAGCUCCAACCACAACAACAGCUGCUCCAACCAGAACCACAGCUGCUCCAACCACAACAACAGGAGCUCCAACCACAACAGCAGCUGCUCCAGCCACAACAACAGCUGCUUCAACCACAACAACAGCUGCUCCAACCACAACCACAAAAGCUCCAACCACAACAACAGCUGCUCCAACCACAACAGCGGCUAUAACCACAACCACAACCACAGCUGCUCCAACCACAACAACAGCGGCUACAACCACAACAACAGCUGCUCCAGCCACAACAACAGCGGCUAUAACCACAACCACAACCACAGCUGCUCCAACCACAACAACAGCUGUUUCAACCACAAGAAGCGCUGCUUCAACCACAACAACAGCUGCUCCAACCACAACCACGGCAGCUCCAACCACAACCACAGCUGCUCCAACCACAACCACAACAACAGCACCUCCAACCACAACCACAGAUGCUCCAACCACAACAACAGCUGCUCCAACCACAACCACAGCUGCUCCAACCACAACAACAGGAGCUCCAACCACAACAACAGCUGCUCCAGCCACAACAGCUGCUCCAACCACAACAACAGCGGCUCUUACCUCAACCACAACAGCUCCAACCACAACAACAGCUGCUCCAACUACAACCACAGCACCUCCAACCACAACCACAGAUGCUCCAACCACAACAACAGCUACUCCAACUACAACCCCAGCUGCUCCAACCACAACAACAGGAGCUCCAACCACAACAGCUCCAACCACAACAACAGCUGCUCCAACUACAACCACAGCACCUCCAACCACAACAACAGCUACUCCAACCACAACAACAGCGGCUAUGACCACAACCACAACAGCUCCAACCACAACAAAAGCUGCUCCAACGACUACAACAGCGGCUCCAACCACAACCACAACCACAGCACCUCCAACCACAACAACAUCUGCUCCAACCACGACAACAGCUGCUCCAACCACGACAACAGAUGCUCAAACCACAAUCACAAGCUGCUCCAACCACAACCACAGCACCUCCUACCACAACAAUUGCUGCUUCAACCACAACAGCAGCUACAACCACAACCACAGCUGCUCAAACCACAACAUCUUCUCCAACCACAACAUCUCGACCACAACCACAAUCACAGCUGCUUCAACCACGACAGCAGCUGCUCCAACCACAUCCACGGCAGCCCAAACCACAACAACAGCGGUUCCAACCACAACCAUAACAGCUCCAUCCACAACAACAGCUGCUCCAACCACAACAACAGCGACUCCAACCACAACAACAGCUGCUACAACCACAACCACAGCAGCUCCAACCACAAUCACAGUUGCUUCAACCACAACAACAGCGGCUCCAACCACAACCACAGUUGCUCAAACCACAACAUUAGCUCCCACCACAACAACAGCGGCUCCAACCACAACCACAACAGCUCCAACCACAACCACAACAGCCCCAACCACAACCACAGCAGCUCCAACCACAACAACAGCUGCUCCAACCACAACAACAGUGGCUUCAACGACAACCACAACAGCUCCAACCACAACCACAGCAGCCCCAACCACAACAACAGCACCUCCAACCACGACAACAGCUACUCCAACCACGACAACAGCUGCUCCAACGACGACAACAGCUGCUCCAACCACAAUCAGAGUUGCUCCAACCACGACAGCUGCUCCAACCACAACAACAGCGGCUUCAACGACAACCACAACAGCUCCAACCACAACAGCUCCAACCACGACAACAGCAGCUUCAACGACAACCACAAUAGCUCCAACCACAACAGCUCCAACCACGACAGCUACUCCAACGACAACCACAGCUAAUCCAACCACAACCACAGCUGCUCCAACUACAACCACAGAAUCUACUACAACAACCACAGUGGCUCCAACCACAACCACUGCAAUUCCAACCACAACCACAAAGGCUCCAACUACAACCACAGUAGCUCAGACCACAACCACAGCUGCCCCAACCACAACCACAGCACCUCCAACUACUACAACAGCGACUCCAACUACAACCACAGCUGCUCCAACUACAACCACAGCUUCUCCAACUACAACCACAGCUUCUCCAGCUACAAACACAGCUGCUCCAACGACAACCACAGAGGCUCCAACCACAACAACAGUGGCUCCAACUACAACCACAGCUGCUCCAACCACAACCACAGCAACUCCAACAACAACUACAGCUGCUCCAGCUACAACCACAGCUGCUCCAACGACAACCACAGCUGCUCCAACGACAACAACAACAACUGCAACCACAACCAAAGAAACCACAGCUGCUCCGACUACAACCACAGCUGCUCCGACUACAACCACAGCAGCUCCAACAACAACCACAGAAUCUCUAACUACAACCACAGCGACUCCAACCACAACCACAGCUGCUCCAACUACAACCACAGAGGCUCCAACCACCACCACCGCUGCUCCAACCACAACCACAGCGACUCCUAUCACAUCCACAGUGGCUCCAACCACAACCAAAGCUGCUCCAACUACAACCACAGAGGCUCCAACCACAACCACCGCUGCUCCAACUACAACAACAACAACUCCAACCACAACCACAGAAGUUCCAACCACAACCACUGCUGUUCCAACUACAACCACAGCACCUCCAACUACAACCACAGCGACCCCAACAAAAACCACAGCUGCUCCAACUACAACCACAGAGGCUCCAACCACCACCACUGCUGCUCCAACCACAUCCACAGUGUCUCCAACCACAGCUCCAACAACAACCACAGAACCUCGAACUACAACCACAGCGACUCCAACCACAACCACAGCUACUCUAACUACAACCACAGCUGCUCCGACUACAACCACAGCAGUUCCAACCACCACAGCUGGUCCAACUACAACCACAGCAGCUACAACCACAACCACAGCUGCUCCAACUACAACCACAGAGGCUCAAACCACCACCACCGCUGCUCCAACCACAACCACAGUUACUCCUACCACAUACACAGUGGCUCCAACCACAACCACAGCUGCUCCACCUACAACUACAGCUGCUCCAACUACAACCACAGAGGCUCCAACCACCACCACCGCUGCUCCAACCACAACCACAGUUACUCCUACCACAUACACAGUGGCUCCAACCACAACCACAGCUGCUCCACCUACAACUACAGCUGCUCCAACUACAACCACAGAGGCUCCAACCACCACCACCGCUGCUCCAACCACAACCACAGCUACUCCUACCACAUACACAGUGGCUCCAACGACAAACACAGCGACUCCAACCACAACCACAGCUGCUCCACCUACAACUACAGCUGCUCCAACUACAACCACAAUAUCUCCUACAACAACCACAGUGGCUCCAACCACAACCACAGCUGCUCCAACUACAACCACAGAAUCUCCUACAACAACCACAGCGGCUCCAACCACAACCACUGCAAUUCCAACCACAACCACAAUGGCUCCAACCACAACCACAGCUGCUCCAACUACAACCACAGCUGCUCCGACUACAACCACAGCGGUUCCAACCACCACCACAGCCGCUCCAACUACAACCACAGAAGCUCCAACCACAACCACAGAACCUCCAACUACAACCACAGCGGCUCGAACCACCACCACAGCUGCUCCAACUACAACCACAGAGGCUCCAGCCACCACCACCUCUGCUUCAACUACAACAACAGCUUCAACCACAACCAGAGAACCUCCAACCACAACCAGAGCGAAUCUACUACAACAACCCACCUCCAACUACUACAACAGCGACUGCAACCACAAACACAGCUGCUCCAACUACAACCACAGAAUCUACUACAACAACCACAAUGGCUCCAACCACAACCACAGCACCUCCAACUACUACAACACAGCUCCAACAACAACCACUGAACCUCCAACUACAAACACAGCGACUCCAACCACAACCACAGUUGCUCCAACUACAACCACAGAGGCUCCAACCACCACCACAGCUACUCCGACCACAACCACAGCUGCUCCAACUACAACCACAGCGGCUCCAGCCACCACCACAGCUGCUCCAACCACAACCACAGCAGCUCCAACUACAACCACAGAGGCUCCAACUACAACUACAGCUGCUCCAACCACAACCACAGCAGCUACAACCACAACCACAGCAGCUCCAAGCACAACCACUGCAAUUUCAACCACAAUGGCUACAACCACAACCACAGCACCUCCAACUACUACAACAGCGAGUCCAAACACAACCACAGCUGCUCCAACUACAACCACAGUAGCUCCAACCACAACCACAGUGGCUGCAACCACCACCACAGCUGUUGCGACCACAACCACAGCAGCUCCGACCACAACCACAGCUGCUCCAACUACAACCACAGCGGCUCCAACCACCACCACAGCUGCUCCAACCACAACCACAGCAGCUCCAACUACAACCACAGAGGCUCCAACUACAACUACAGCUGCUCCAACUACAACCACAGGGACUCCAACAACAACAACACCUGCUCCAACCACAACUACAGCUGCUCCACCUACAACUACAGCUUCUCCAACGACAACCACAGAUUCUCCAACAACAACCUCUGCGGCACCAACCACAACAACUGCACCUCCAACCACAACAACAGCUGGAUCAACUACAACCAAAUCGGCUCCAACCACAACCACAGUUGCUCCAACCACUUCAACAGAGGCACCAACCACAACAACAGCAGCUUCAACUACAACUACAACAACCACAGCUGCUCCAACUACGACAACAUCAACUCCAACCACAACCAGAGAAGCUCCAACCACAACCACAGCGGCUCCUACCACAUCCACUGCUGUUCCAACCACAACCACAGCACCUCCGUCUACAACCACUGCGACUCCGACAACAACCACAGAGACUCCAACCACCACCACCACUGCUCCAACCACAACCACAGCGACUCCUACCACAUCCACAGUGGCUCCAACCACAACCAAAGCUGCUCCACCUACAACUACAGCUGCUCCAACUACAACCACAGCUGCUCCGACCACAACCACAGCUGCUCCAACUACAACCACAGCGGCUCCAACCACCACCACAGCUGCUCCAACCACAACCACAGCAGCACCAACUACAACCACAGCAGCUCCGACCACAACCACAGCGGCUCCAACCACCACCACAGCUGCUCCAACCACAACCACAGCAGCUCCAACUACAACGACAGAUGCUCCAACUACAACUACAGCUGCUCCAACUACAACCACAGGGACUCCAACAACAACAACACCUGCUCCAACCACAACUACAGCUGCUCCACCUACAACUACAGCUUCUCCAACUACAACCACAGCUGCUCCGACCACAACCACAGCGGUUCCAACCACCACCACAGCAACUCCAACCACAACCACAGCAGCUCCAACUACAACCACAGAAGCUCCAACUGCUCCAACCACAACCACUGCUGCUCCAUCUACAACAAAAACUCCAACCACAACCAGAGAAGCUCCAACCACAACCACAGCUGUUCCAACUACUAACACAGCAGCUCCAACCACAACCACAGCACCUCGAACUACAACCACAGAGACUUCGAUCACAACCACAGCUGCUCCAACUACAACCACAGCUGCUCCGACCACAACCACAGCGGUUCCAACCACCACCACAGCAACUCGAACCACAACCACAGCUGCUCCACGUACAACCACAGCGGCUCCAACCACCACCACAGCUGCUCCAACCACAACCACAGCAGCUCCAACUACAACCACAGAGGCUCCAACUACAACUACAGCUGCUCCAACUACAACCACAGCGGCUCCAACCACCACCACAGCUGUUCCGACCACAACCACAGCAGCUCCGACCACAACCACAGCUGCUAAAACCACAACAGCAUCUCCAACCACAACCACAGCUGCUCCAACUACAACUACAGCAGCUCCAACUACAACCACAGAGGCUCCAACUACAACUACAGCUGCUCCAACUGCAACCACAGUGACUACAACAACAACACCUGCUCCAACCACAACCACAGCUGCUCCACCUACAACUACAUCUGCUCCAACUACAACUACAACAACCACAGCUUCUGCAACCACAACAGCUUCUCCAACCACAACAACAGGAUCUCCAACCACAACUACAGUACCUCCAACAACAACAACAGCAUCUCCAACCACAACCACAGCUGCUCCAACUACAACCACAUUGGCUCAAACCACAACCACUGUUGCUCCAACUACGACCACAGCAGCUCCAAGCACAACUACAGCUACAACUACAACUGCUCCAACCACAACAACAGCUGAUCCGACCACAACAGUUGCUCCAACCACAACCACAUCAGCUACAACCACAACCACAGAAGCUACAACUACAACCACAGCUGCUCCAACUACAACCACAUUGGCUCAAACCACAACCACUGUUGCUCCAACUACGACCACAGCAGCUCCAAGCACAACUACAGUUAUGCCAACUACAACCACAGAGGCACCAACCACAACCACAGCUUCUGCAACCACAACAGCUUCUCCAACCACAACAACAGGAUCUCCAACCACAACUACAGUACCUCCAACAACA